AUGUCCGCAAUUGCGGUACCGAUCGUCUCCGAUAGCGAUCCGCUGAAACCCGAGCGUUCGGCCGCCGCAGACGACACCACCGAUGCGCAAUCGACGACAUCCGCCGAUUCUGGUAAUGGAUCACUUAACAACAGCCUCAAUGGCGCGAUGUGCCGUACAACCUUCUCCGUGGGCCAGGUUGAAAAUGAGACGACAGCGAGGAACAACAGCUCUUCUGAAGAAGGUGUAUUGAGGAGAAAAGAUGAGUGA